GCUCGGGAUUCAUUAUAUCUAAACAUUUAAAGCGUUUUGGUGAUACUGACAUUUAUCCUUGAACAAGGGUACAGGAAAGGUGACGGGAGAUUGCUGAGCCGGUUAACUGUCUUUGAGCCACAACUUAAUUCGAAGUACCAUGCCACUUAAAGUCGGAAUUAAUGGAUUUGGUCGUAUCGGGCGCCUUGUUUUGAGGGCUGCCUUGGACCAGGGAAUUGAUGUGGUUGCAAUCAAUGAUCCCUUCAUUGACUUGAAUUACAUGGUGUACAUGUUCCGGUACGAUUCAACACAUGGCAAGUAUGAAGGCGAAAUAAAAGUUGAAGGUGGAAAACUAGUGAUCAGCGGAAAGGCUAUGUCCGUAUACACCGAGAGAGAUCCCGCUAGCAUUCCUUGGUCCAAAGAUGGUGCUGAAUAUAUUGUCGAUUCUACUGGGUGCUUCACAACCUUGGACAAAGCAGGGGCUCAUAUGAAAGGAGGCGCCAAGAAGGUCAUAAUUUCAGCACCGUCAGCAGAUGCUCCCAUGUUUGUUUGUGGCGUAAACGCAGAGAAAUAUACCAAAGACCUCAAUGUCGUCAGCAAUGCUUCGUGCACCACUAACUGUCUUGCACCUCUUGCUAAAGUUAUCCAUGAGAAGUACGGAAUUGUGGAGGGUUUAAUGACAACGGUUCAUGCAUACACCGCCACUCAGAAGGUAGUAGAUGGACCCAGCAACAAAGACUGGCGAGGUGGUCGUGGUGCUGCCCAGAAUAUCAUCCCAUCCUCCACUGGAGCAGCGAAGGCCGUCGGAAAGGUCAUACCGGAUUUGAACGGAAAGUUAACUGGAAUGGCCUUCCGUGUACCAGUUCCUGACGUAUCUGUGGUGGAUUUGACCUGCAGACUCGACAAAGGAGCAUCCUAUGAUGAUAUUAAAGCGGCCAUCAAGUCGGCUUCUGAAAAUGAGCUUAAGGGCAUUUUGGGAUACACGGAUGAAGACGUUGUGUCCCAGGACUUCAGAGGAGACAAGAGGAGCAGCAUUUUUGAUGCGAAGGCUGGAAUUGCUCUGAACAACAACUUUGUGAAGCUUGUAUCCUGGUAUGACAAUGAAUUCGGAUACAGCUUCAGAGUAGUGGAUCUUAUCAAGCAUAUGUAUGCAGUGGAUAACAAGUAAAGUGGACAAAAGACUCCUAACCUUUUGCGUAGUGUUUUGUUUUUCAUUUUUUGUUGUUAAAAUUCUGUGCUUUGAUAAACAUUUUGUUCACACCUUUAGAAAUUUUGAUCUUUGUCCAAAUGUUGAUGAUGAUCUGUUUAAAUUAUUUGCUGAACAUUUAAUGGUUAUAUAGUAUAUGCUGUACAAGAACAUUAAACUCUGAGCAUAAUGACAA